AUGAUGUACAAUCGUACGUAGCAGCUGCCGAAGUGCUUAAAGAAAGAGGAGCUUAUAAAAUAUAUGUCUUAGCUACACAUGGCUUGCUCAGCUCAGAUGCACCUAGGCUCAUUGAAGAGUCUCCGAUCGAUGAGGAAAAAAUCCAUUCCGAAUAAAACAUGGCAUUGGAUCUUGAAUUAAGCAAGAUUACCGUUUCGUUGCAAGCGGACGAAAAAAAUCGUCGCAGACAAGCAUUAGAAGAAAUAAUGAAAAAUAUAUCUCGGGAGGAGACGUCGAGCAAACUCGACGAUCUGGUCAAAAUAUGGGAGAGUGUGGAUAGAUUUCUAGUCAGAAUCUUGAACGACAAUACUGAGACAUGUCGGGAUCUGACUGUAGGAAUACUCAAAAUUUUUCUCGAAGCUCUGCCACCCAACGACAAACACAUAAUCUACGUUAUACCAAUAAUGUCUAGACGAUUAGGCGCGCAGGAACAGAUCGAGUCAUCGGAGGAAGUACGCUUGAAAUGCGUGUCUCUUCUGCGUACGAUAAUCGCGAAAUAUAAGGAUCUGCUGGCGCCAUAUAUCCAGGAUGUGACAGGAAUAUUGGCCCGCACCGUUAUGGAUAAUUAUCCGAAUGUAAAGAAGGAGAGCUGCAAGUGCAUAUCGGACUACGCGAAGACUCUGCCGAGGCAUUUCUAUUCGCAGUCGGAGCAUCUGAUAAAACCUAUCUUGAACAAUUUUACGCACCAACAUUAUAGAGUUCGACUCGCCGCUGUUAAAGCGAUAGGUGAUGUAAUCCAGUAUGGGAAUAGUAAGUCGAUGGAAGAAGUGGCAACUCCUUUGGCACAGAGACUCUUUGAUCAAAGCGGAAUUGUCAGGGAAGCUGUAAUUGAGGUUUCUGGCUACUGGUUGACACAACUACCUGACAGAUAUGGUUGGUGGCACAAGCUUCUUCCAUUGAUCUUGACAGGAUUGCAUGACGAACUCGAGGAAAUUCGUGUGAAAGCGGCAAACUUGUGGGAUGCUGCGGGAAGAUUGUACAUGGAAGAGAACGAAAAUGACAGAAAGUUGAAAGAUAAGAUGGAUUUUCUUACAGAAGAUCCGGAACAUUAUCCUCCGGAAAUUUCUAGACCAAAUUUAGGAUGUCGUGUAAUUGCACAGCAGAAUUUAUGUAAGCUAAUUAAUGGCAUCAGCGUCGAACUUGGAGAUUGGUUGCCAGAUAUACGUGUACGCUCUGCGCAAUUACUUUGCGUAUUGAUAUUAAACGUUGAAGAGGAUGUUACACAAUAUAUUGAAAAACUCUUGCCACCUAUGUAUCGUGCUUGCAAUGACGAAGACAAAAGAGUCGUGGGCUGUGUGGAAACCGCUGCGCGAUAUUUGGGCUACUUUGUGGAACCUAAAAUUUAUUGCCACUUAGUGCUUCCCACUCUGGAGGAGUGUCUAACGGUCGGACACCUGCGUGUCUUCGCGGCGAUUAUCAAUGGCAGCGAACGGGGAGCUCUUUUGUUACAGCUGGACAGAAUCGCGUACUUCUUGCAGCGGCCGUAUGUUUGCCAAAGCAGAAAGAGCAACUAUCAACGUCAAAUACUAUCUUGCUGCGAUUCUCUUCUCAUAGUUUGUAAACAGGACUGCAUGACGAUUACUCAAGCAUUAUUCACCGUAAUAUUCACUGUGUACGCAAUGAGCGUAGAGUCUUUCAUUCGCGAGGAAGCGGACAGACUCUUGAAGGUGCUUGUCGAUAUAAAUUCACUAAAGGAUAACGAGGAUCUUUUUCGCAAUCACGUAAAACCGCUGUUAACGUCGAUUAACGACGAGUGCGCCUCGUGGUCGAUUUACAGUGCGGAAUCACAAAUUUUUUGUGCUUGCCUAAAUCGCGCUGGAAUCGCCGUGGCGUAUAGUAUGGACCUCGCAUUACCUAUUCUCAAGAAAACCAUGAGCAAGGAUGCCGAUCCAGAAUUGAAACUGCGGCACUUUAUUCUGCUUUCGGAAUACUUUCUUAACAAUCAGAAUUUACAUCAACAUAUCGAGGAUCCGCAUAAAUUCGUGAACACAAUUAUCGAGGAAUUAGUUGUGCCUGGACUCAUCUGGAGCGCUGGCAGAGCAGCUGAAGCUAUUCGCACAGCUGCGGUUUGCUGUCUCUGUGCUAUCCUGGAGAACAAAAUAAUUAAUUCCGGCGAGAAAGGCGAGGAUUCACUUGCAAAUGAAAAAUCCAAAAUUUGUAUUACAAUAGACGAGUUUCCGUCUAUCUUCGACAAAGUCGUGCCAGUUUUGGUCAGUCUGGUGGACGAUAAGGCGAAGAAAACUAGACUAUACUCCAUGCGCGCCAUUUGUUUAUUAAUAACAGUUGGACAGGGACUAUCCUGUCUAAACGACGAACAUAUCCACCGCACAUAUCCAGUGAUAUUGAAAAGACUCGACGAUGGUUGCGAUGAUAUUCGCUAUGCAGCUGUGGAAGCACUCGUUGACAUAUGGAGCACUGCGUCUGAAGAAUAUGAUACUAUCGGUAGCAGAAGUCAUAUCGACGCUCUGUAUACAACAAUGAUUAUUCAUUUAGACGAUCCAGAGUCUCGUUUCCAAGAGAUAAUGCUGGAUGCUUUAAAGCGUGUCGCAAAAAUUUAUCCUGAAUUAUUGCAUCAAAAAUUGCAUAAUUGCCAGCCAAAUUUUAGGAAUAAAACAGGAAUAGAUGUACUUUUGGAACAUUGUCAAAUGAUGUCUGACCCUACGGGUGAUCAUGUAGAUGUGGUGGACGAGGAGUUGGAGUCCGAUUAUAAGCCUCCGCCGGAGAGGAGUAUCGAACAGAUCCUGGAGGCGGACAAAGAAGAUGAAAGUUUACGCAAAUAUAAGGAGACGCUUCUGGGAGAAGCAAAAGCUGGUGGUAUCGUAGUGGAUCCCAAUGAUCCUAGAAAGGUAAUAGUAAAGAAAUUGGCGCUGUGUGUCGCCGAUCGGCCGGAUAUGGAGUUAGACUUGACUGGUGAUUUAGCACAAUUGAAAAAACAGAUAUUUGUCAUCAAGGAGGGUGUGAGCUACAGAAUCAGAAUCGAUUUUAUUGUACAGCGUGAGAUUGUGCAUGGAUUGAAAUAUGUUCAGAAGACGUAUCGCCUUGGUGUGCCUGUUGACAAGAUGACACAUAUGGUAGGCUCGUAUCCUCCUAAAACAGAGCUUCAAUCUUAUACCACCCCACCCGAGGAUGCGCCAUCCGGCGUCGUAGCGCGAGGUUCUUACAGUGUCAGUUCUCUCUUCACAGACGAUGACAAGCACGAACAUCUCAAAUGGGAAUGGGCGUUCGAAAUCAAGAAGGAUUGGAAAGAAUAAAUCGUCUUUUAUCCUGUUUGGAUACAAGGAAGUCACGAAGACGAUAAUUUACAAUUCCUAGCCUUAUCACAUUUUGCAAAUAAUAAUUAAGAACGUGAAAUGCCAAAACACAGACUUGGAUGAAUGAUUUAUAAUGUUCUUUAGUUGUGGUCUCGGCGUUGCCAUAAAAAUUAAUAAUAUAUUUUAAGUAACAGAAGAGAGAAAGAAUAUAAUCAAUAUUUAUUAAGAGUUUUCUUUGUAAUUGAUUGAAUAUUCAAUCAUAAAAGUAGUACUCAAGAAUUGCAAAGUAUACGUAAUCUUUAGUCACUAGUACAAGCAGACGCCAGUAGUGAUGACUUAAGCGACGCACGACGUGACAAACCAGUGUUUCCAGGAAUGAUGAGUAUUAGAUGCAUGAGUGAAAUUUAUAGUGAAUGUUAAAGCCAACAUUUGAUCCACUAUAUAUGUAUAAUAUUAAUUAAGAGUAAAGAAAAUGCUCCAAAUUUUUAGAUAAUAUUUGUACAACAUGAUUUUCGGACAGCGAUCAGAGUUUGCUUGAUUAUUAUAUAUUCGUCACAUAUUUAACAUUCUAUAUAAUGUUAUACAAAAUUAUAUGUUAAAUAUCUAUUAACUAAAAAAACUGGUGAAAGAAAGGUUACAAAAAAAGAAUAACUACAGUACUUCUAUUCUUCUAUAUAAAUUAGAAAAUUCCUAAAAAAUCAUAUUACGUUCAUAAUAAAUUUUGAAUAGCAAAUUAGAUUAUAUUUAACUGCAUAAUAUAUUAUAAUCAGUUACUGAUCUCACAAAUAUAAUAAACUUUAUCAUCUAGCAAAAUAGAUGACACAAAUUUUUGCUUAUAAUUAUGGCAAUACUAUUAUUUAUAAUAAUAAUGAGAGAGAUGUAGAAAAAUUUCUCUAUAUUAAUGACUUUUAAUGGUUUUAUAUAAUUUGUAUUAAAGAUUAAUAUUUUAUUAAGAUGUAAAAAAAAAAAAAAACCUUUCGAUAGGUAGUGCCAUAAGUAGUCUCAGUCAAUUUUUGAUCGUUGCCCGAUAAGAUGAUACUACACUUAUAUAUCUUUAUUUUGUAAUAUAAUUAUUUCUAUAUAUUGCCAUAUAAUGGGCGAAAAUAUAUUGAUUUAGUUAUAGUUCAAGCAAGUAUCUUAUGGAUAUGAAUGCGCACUUAUCAAUAGUAAAAAUCUUGAAUGUUUUACAAACAAAUAAUUAUGGUAUUCUGUUUACAUACUUCUUGCAGGAAAAUUACCAGGAUUAUUAUUGGGAAUAAUAUUAUCAUAAAUACUACAUAUGUGUGUGCAAAUUGAAAGUUCCAAAAACAAAAACCAUGUCCUUCAUGGAGAAUAGUGAAUGCGUUUAUCACGCAAGUAACUAGAAUCAUUGAAAACCCUAAUUAUCUAGAAACGCGCACACCACCAACAAUUAAUCAAUGUGUAAAAAAAAUUUGUAUAUUUAUAUAAUCAUAUUGUAUUAGAGUCUGUGGUGUUUUUCCGAUAUACUGAUCAAUCGUGUAGGAAUGCCACGUAUUUGUACGAUAAUGAGCGAUGACAAAGAGAAGAAUAUAUAUUAGUAUAGACAUUUUGUACCUUUACUACGAGCUUCACGAGAGAAACAAAUAGAUUGAGAAUAGUUAUCUCAUUGGAAAGUUACACAAAGUAUAUAUUGAUACAUACGUAUUUGUGCAAAUAAAAUAGAAUCACAUUUUGCAUUCUUCAUCCAAAACAUAUUUUUCCACUACACAAACAACAUAGUCGUUUCGAUUGUGCCCUUUUAGCUCCAAUAGCAUCUUUUUUAUCAUCGAAUACAAGGUGAUCCUUAGUUUUCCUUUAUCGCUCUUAUUUGUACAUUCAUUUGUAUCUUGUAAGUGAUGGGAGAGAGGUAGAGAGAAAGAAAGAGAAUCUUCUAGAAUUGUCUGGGAUUAUUUAAGCUUAGGAUUUGAGUGUACUUCAUCGUACUUUGUAUAUCACGCGUAUUCAUUUGUAUUAUGUGACGCAAUAUAUAUAUAUUGUAUGCGGCGAAUCUGAUUACUGUAUAGCAAAUAUACAACCUACGUCAAUA